CGUGGCCGGGCGCGGCUAUAAGAGGCGCGGCGGGGCCGGGCGCGCUCAGUUGGUGAAGCCCCCGGGCAGAGCGUGGAGAUCUGGUGCCGCCCCCGCCCAGCCGCCCCCCGUGCUCAGGUGUGUGGUGAGGUGAGAGCUGUUGAGCAAUGGCAUUCAAGAAGGUUUGGUGUGCCCUAGCCCUGGGAUUUCUGCUGCCUUUCUCUUGUGCCCACACGGACUUCUUCACUUCCAUUGGUCAUAUGACAGACUUAAUUAAUACAGAAAAAGAUCUGGUUGUGUCACUCAAAGAUUACAUUAAGGCAGAGGAAAGCAAGCUGGAGCAGAUCAAAAAAUGGGCAGAGAAGCUGGAUCAGCUGACAGCUACUGCCACAAAAGACCCAGAGGGGUUUUUGGGCCAUCCUGUGAAUGCAUUCAAGUUGAUGAAAAGGCUCAACACAGAGUGGGGUGAGCUGGAGAGCCUGGUGCUCAAGGACAUGUCAGAUGGCUUUAUCUCCAACAUGACAAUCCAGAGGCAGUUCUUCCCAAACGAUGAGGAUCAGACUGGGGCAGCCAAGGCCCUCCUGAGGCUGCAGGACACCUACAACCUGGACACAGACACCCUCUCCAGGGGGAACCUGCCAGGUGUGAAGCACAAAUCCUUCCUGACAGCUGAAGAUUGCUUUGAGCUGGGCAAGAUUGCCUACACAGAGGCUGACUACUACCACACAGAGCUGUGGAUGGAGCAAGCCCUGAAGCAGCUGGAUGAGGGAGAAGUGUCCUCUGCAGACAAAGUCUACAUCCUGGACUACCUGAGCUAUGCUGUGUACCAGCAGGGGGACCUGGGCAAGGCCAUGGCACUCACCAGGCGCCUCCUGGAGCUGGAUCCUGAACAUCAAAGAGCAAACGGGAACAUGAAAUACUUUGAGUACAUCAUGGCUAAAGAAAAAGAAGCCAACAAGUCCAGCACAGAUUCAGAAGAGCAGCAGGAGAAGGAAACUGAGGUUAAGAAAAAGGAUUACCUGCCUGAGAGAAGGAAGUACGAAAUGCUGUGCCGUGGGGAGGGGCUCAAAAUGACUCCCCGCAGACAGAAGAGGCUCUUCUGCCGCUACUACGACGGGAACAGGAACCCCAGGUACAUCCUGGGCCCUGUCAAGCAGGAGGACGAGUGGGACAAGCCCCGCAUCGUUCGCUUCCUGGACAUCAUCUCCGACGAGGAGAUCGAGACCGUGAAGGAGCUGGCCAAGCCCAGGCUGAGCCGUGCUACUGUUCAUGACCCUGAGACUGGGAAACUGACCACAGCACAUUACAGAGUCUCUAAGAGCGCGUGGCUCUCGGGCUACGAGAGCCCGGUGGUGUCCCGCAUCAACACCAGGAUCCAGGACCUCACAGGGCUGGAUGUCUCCACUGCAGAGGAGCUGCAGGUGGCAAAUUAUGGAGUGGGAGGACAGUAUGAGCCCCACUUUGACUUUGCACGGAAAGAUGAGCCAGAUGCUUUUAAAGAAUUGGGAACGGGCAACAGAAUUGCUACUUGGUUGUUUUAUCCUGAACUCACCUGUCCUUCCCCACCUGUUCAGAUGAGUGAUGUGUCAGCAGGGGGAGCCACGGUCUUCCCUGAAGUAGGAGCCAGUGUUUGGCCGAGAAAGGGUACAGCUGUGUUCUGGUACAAUCUCUUCCCGAGUGGAGAAGGCGAUUACAGCACACGGCACGCGGCCUGCCCGGUGUUAGUGGGGAAUAAAUGGGUCUCCAAUAAGUGGCUCCACGAGCGGGGGCAGGAGUUCCGCCGGCCGUGCACGUUAUCGGAGCUGGAAUGAGGCAGCCUGGGCUCCUGAGCACUCAGGGGGUGCAGCUGCACACUCCUGCCAGUUUACAACUGACUAACAAACACUCCACUACAGGUUCACCCCGCCCAGCUCAGCUGUGGACAGGACAAACGUGCUUUUGGUUCCCUCCAAAUCUCCCCCAAGGUUUAUCAACAGAAAAUACUGAGGUUGACAAGUGUUACUGAAAAAAAAAAAAGGACAAAAUACAGAUAAAUACAGAUGAGGGCCACAA